AUGGCAGCGGCUCUGGAGUCUCCGCAGCAGAUCAGGGACCGGCUGCUGCAGGCCAUCGAUGCACAGAGCAACAUCCGGAACAUGGUGGCGGUGCUGGAAGUCAUCUCCAGUCUGGAGAAAUACCCCAUCACCAAAGAGGCGCUGGAGGAGACGCGGCUGGGGAAGCUCAUCAAUGACGUCCGUAAGAAGACCAAGAACGAGGAGCUCGCCAAACGAGCCAGGAAGCUAUUGCGGAGCUGGCAGAAGUUCAUUGAGCCUGUGCACCAGGGCGAGGCGGCACUGCGGGGACUGCCUGGCACCACCGGCUCUGCCAACGGGGGUGCCCACAACUGCCGACCAGAGGCAGGGGUAGGCUCUGGGCCCCGGAGCAUCCACGACCUAAAAAGUCGCAAUGACAUCCAGAGGCUGCCCGGGCAGCGGCUGGACAGGCCAGGGGGCCGCAAACCAUAUGUGCCCAAGGGCUCAGUGCCCAGCCCCUCCCCAAGGCCUCCAUCGUCGGAGGCUACACAGGCACCCUCGCCACUCCCUCUGGCCCAGCCCCUUACACCCCCUGUACGGAGGCUAGAACUUCUACCUAACUCGGAGAGACCAGGGCGCUGGCCUGACCAGCCUGAGGGUCACCAGAGGCUGGCAGGGCCUGGCUGUAAGGCAGGGCUGCCACCGGCGGAGCCACCGCUCCUGCUGCCACGAGCAGGCCUCUCACUGGCCUCCUCCAGGGCGGACAGUGAUGCUGCCUUUUCGGGUGGCUCAGAGAGCAGGAAGAAGAAGCAGUACCGGCCGCGUGACUACACAGUGAACUUGGAUGGCCAGGGGGCUGAGGCAGGCAAUAAGCCUGUGAAGUUAAAAGAGCGCAAGCUCACCUUUGACCCUAUGACAAGACAGAUCAAACCCCUGACCCAGAAGGAGCGUGUGCGGGCUGAGAGCCCUGUGCGCCCUGAGCCACCCCGGACCGGGCUGAAUGCGCAGGAGCCCAAGGGUAGCCUGCAGAGCCCCUUCGAGCAGACCAGCGGGAAGGAGCUAUCACACAACGAGAUGAUCCAGCCCUACCCGAGCCGGCAGAGCAGCCUGCUGUCGUCUUCGGGCGCACAGACGCCAGGCGCCCACCACCUUCGGCAGGAGGAGAGCACCAGGCAGCACAGCACCCGUGAGACACGUGUACUGAUGCCACACAGCCCACCUGCGGACCUGCCUGGGUGCACGCGGGAGGUCACGGAAGAUGACCUGAAGCGAAUAGAGGCCCACAAGUGGCCAGGCGUGAACGGGUGUUACGAUACACAGGGUACCUGGUAUGAUUGGACGCAGUGCAUACCACUCGACCCGCAUGGCGAUGGUGGGAUCCUGAACAUUCUGCCUUACGUCUGCUUGGAAUGA